GGCCUCUGAAUGUGCAUUGAUUAUCGCGCCCUUAAUCAGGUUACGAUAAAGUCUUGCCUCCCAAUGCCGCGUGAGGACGAACUGAUUGACCAGCUGCGAGGCGCUCACUAUUUCUCGAAGAUCAACCUUCGUAGUGGUUACCACCAGAUUCGAGUUUUCGCCAACGAUUGCCACAAGACCACGUUUCGUACUCGCUACGGGAGUUGCGAAUACACUGUCAUGCCAUCCGAGUUACAGUAAUGAAUGGACGAUAUCCUGAUUUACCUUAC